AUGAGCGGUGUGCUACGUACCACAUCGCAUUCAGAAUCAGAGAACAACGCGUACGGUAAAAGCACACGCCCACAUUGUAGCCUAGUCGAGUUUUAUGUGCAAUACGAGAGCGUCCUGGAAACGCAACGGCACAAACAAUGCAAACUAAAUGCUGAGAGUGAGGGGUCAUUGCCUGAGUUCAAAACUCCUUUAGCAUUGGAGCGACACAUUGCGCAGGUAUUCACCCUAACAGUGUUUUAUGAGCUCCAGCUAGAGAUUGAGGCUGCAUGUUUUUAUUGUAAGGUUGUGGGGAUCCGUGCAGAUGGUGAGUGCAUCCGUUACGACAUUAAAGGGGAGUACAACGUUGUCCACACUGUUGAAUAUAUGCCUUCUUUGACUAUUGCGUCAUGCAGCUGCAAGUUGUUUGAAAGAUUGGGGUUAGUUUGCCGGCAUAUGUUUCUUGUGUUCAAAGAUGCUGAAAUGGCGAGCUUGCCGGCGCGGUACAUUGCAGCACGCUGGUGUAAGCAGGAAGGACUAGCUAAUUGGUGUGCUCAAUGUUCUUACUGCCCCCCUCUAGAAUCUGGGCCUAACCGGUUGUGGACUGAGAUACACAGGUGCACUGCGAUGGUUGGAAGCAAUACAGUGCGCCAAACGCGGAUGCUUCAAGUAAUAGAGGAACUGAGAGACGAGUUUUUGAGCGACGGUAUGAGCGUUAACCCCCCAAAGAGCAAAGGUGUAGCCAUCGCGGCACUUUGUGGUGUGGAGCCGCCGACGUCCAUUACCAUUAAACCUCCAGCUCAAGCAAAAAACAAAGGGACCUGCAAGCGAAUUAAAAGCCAACGGGAGUUAGCCAUUGAGAGGAGUGGCAAGGCCUGCAGAAAGUGCGGGGUGUGUGGCGAGUACGCGCAUCAUAACGCUCGCAGCUGUCCGUUGAAGAGAUCAGUGCACCCGGACGGUCCAUUAUAUUAG